AUGAAUUACGACUCCAAGAGUCAGAACUCAGUCAGUUUUUGUCUUUCAAAGGACUUAAAGCUGCCGAUCAGAUUUCGAAUAAAUGGGCUGAACGACUACACCCAAAGGAUCGUGCAAUUUCUCUCACCUGAUAAGCACAGUGCUACUUCUCGAAUCAUACAGGCAAAGCUCAAGGACCAGCCGAUUAGUGAGAUAUAUGUCUAUGUCUACGUUGAGUCUUCAGGAAAACAGCUUACGGUCCCAGUGUUAACCAGUGUGGCUUACUCCAACGGGAAUUCCAAAAAGUCGUCACGUGGAAACUGGAUCGAUUUACCAAUAGACUAUUCGCAACUUCCUCUUGACGCUGUUCUUGUUUUAUCUCUUUUCAGUUACAAGUUGAAAACGGGUUCAGAAAACCGACUAGGAGAAUGUAGAUUAUAUUUGUUCAACCAGGAAAACUGCACGCUUAUGAAAGGCUAUCAGAGGUUGAAAGUGGAUUUUGCAGAUGGAGAGACAGAGUUGGAUCAACAGAAACAGAGCCAAAUGCAAAUACUGGAGGCCAAACUUAAGCAGAGGGAACACGGAGAAGCUAGUCCAGUUGAAUGGCUGGACCAAUUAACGUUUCGCAGAAUCGAGCAGAUAAAUGCCAAGGAAGCCGCUAAACUCAAGCAACAGCUAUCGAUUACAAAAAGAACGGGAGAUGUGCAUAUCAACUUGGAGCUUGCGCAGUUUGAGAUUCCAAUAGUAUAUUCCGACGUCAAAUAUGCCACUUUGAACAUCACUACUUCUGAGUCUCACGUCAUGAAUGCAGUUGCAAGGAACAAUGUCAGCAAUAGAGAUCAGUUGUUGUUCAACGAGAUACAAUCAAGCAACCUUCAAGACUUAGCGAAGCAGAGAAGACCAGCCAUUUUUGAUCCGGAUCAAUACAGAUCGGAAAUCAUUGAGGACCCUAUCGAAAGCAAAUUCAGAAGAUUGGAGAGGACUCACCAGUCAUCAUCACUGGAUAAAGACAUCAAGCCUACGCUGAAGUUGAGGGCUGAGCUCACUAAGAUUCUGCACAAGCAAUUUUUUGAAAAGCUCAGCCAAAAGGAAAAGAACAUGAUAUGGAAAUAUAGGUUCUUCCUGUUGAAUAAUCUCAUUCUGAACAAAAAUAACACUGAGUUCAACAAUUUUGUUAUUAACUUUAUCAAGUGUAUUGAUUGGGAAGAUGAUUUCGAGGUCAAUGAGUUUUUGGUGAUCAUAAACAACCUGAACACCGAUCCAUAUUCAAAUGUGUUCAUUCGGAAGAUGGAAAUAGUCGACUGUCUGGAGCUACUGAGUGCAAAUUACAAAAAUUACAUUGUCAGGAACAUGGCUCUGGAACGCCUUAGACUGGCCUCAGACGACGACUUGGAAAUGUACAUGGUUCAGUUGGUUCAGUGUAUUAAAAAUGAAGCAAACUAUUUGAGCCCGAGGACAGAUAUCGACGAUGAUGGUGAAGAAGACAACAAUUCUGAAGAGAAUUCUGAAUUUCUGGAUUUCGAAGACUCGACAUACACCACCAACUCCAGCGAAUUUCAAGUCAUAAACACCGAAGAUGAAGACCCAGUGGUUAAGCUGCUCAAUAAUCCUAACAUAACGAACCCGGAAAAAAAGAUAAUCGAGAAGCUGCCAAGGUUGCAAUCUCCUUUAGCCAAUUUCUUGAUUGAGCGCUCGGCGAACAGUGAACGGCUGUCCAAUUUCUUCUAUUGGAACCUCAAGGUUGAAGUGGAUGAUGAGCGAGAAAGAUACAAAACCGCACCUGGAAAUCAGAGAGCAGCCAACGCAGGUGAACAAACAGAGUAUGCUCCUGACCAAGCUGCCCGUGGAUCACAGGUCCCAGCAAAGUGCGUCAAGCAUAUAUUUCUUCGAACUCUGCUUCAUUUCAUCGCUAAUUUGGGCGUGAGUAGAAAUGGCUCAGACAAAAUAUGGACUCUGAGAAACCAAGUGGAACUUAUAGGGAGAUUGCAUUCGAUUUCAAAGACGAUCAAAGUUGACCUCAAAAAGGAUCCCACGCAGAAGAAAAUUGAGGCACUCAAGGCUCUUUUGGCUCAAAAGUUCAAGGCAACAAGGCUCAAGUCGUCAAGAAAGUCCGUGUCAGAAUACGAGUCCCUUUUGGAUUUUGGACCUGUUCAGCUUCCAUUGGAUCCAAGUGUUCAUGUGAUAGGAACUAUUCCCGAGGAGUCAAGCGUAUUCAAGAGCAGCUUGAAUCCCCUGAAAAUUGUAUUCAAGACUAUUGAAGGCCCUCCUUACCCCAUCAUGUACAAAAUAGGAGACGAUUUACGACAAGAUCAGUUUGUGAUUCAAAUCAUGACUCUCGUCGAGCGAAUACUCUUGAAUGAGAAUUUGGACAUGAAGCUGAAACCCUACAAGAUUAUGGCAUUGGGAUCUGUUGAAGGACUCAUUCAGUUUAUUCCCAACUCUUCGUUAUCCUCCAUUCUUCAAAAACACCUGACCAUUCUCAGCUACUUGCAAACUUACAACCCGGAUCCUGUGGCACCUCUGGGUGUCAAACCCGAAGUUAUGGACAACUAUGUCAGGUCAUGUGCUGGCUACUGUGUUCUGACAUAUAUACUGGGUGUGGGCGAUCGUCAUCUGGAAAACUUACUGCUGACCACUGACGGCUACUUUUUCCACGCUGAUUUCGGCUACAUCUUAGGGCAAGAUCCGAAACCAUUUCCUCCCCUUAUGAAAUUGCCAAUACAGAUUAUAGAAGGAAUGGGAGGACUUAAUAAUGAAAACUACCAGAAGUUCUGCAAUUAUUGUUUCAUCACGUACAUCACAUUACGCAAAAAUGCAUCGCUGAUUCUAAAUAUUUUCCAGCUCAUGAUAGAUUCCUCUAUCCCUGUUUUACGGACCUCGGGAAGCAACGGGAUGUCCAACGAAACCGAGAAGUUCGAACUGAUCUGGAAAAUCCAGGAAAAGUUCAUGCUCGAAUUGAAUGACGAGGAAGCCGUGCUGCACUUCCAAAAUCUCAUCAAUGACAGCGUGAACGCCUUUUUGCCUGUUGUCAUCGACAGAUUACACAGUCUCGCUCAGUACUGGCGCGCAUGA